AUGAAAGGACCAAUCCAUCAUGACUCCACAAUAACAAUGUUGGAGGCUGAGGUUACAGCAUUAACCCGAGGACUAACCGAUGCUGUCAUGGGAAGAUACGUACCAGAGGAUAACAAAACUGCCUUGCUAAUGAUGGAUGUACAACGUAUUAGACAAGGAUUUAAGUCGAGCUUUCCGAUAUUCGUUGAGGGGAAUAGUAUAAGUUAUGCAUAUAAACUAGCAAAAGAAACAAUAGUUUCUGAAGUCAGCAUACCUAUACCUAUGGAUCCUCCUAAACAAGCCAAGACUACUACUCCAAAACUAACUUGCCAUAUAUGUUUUGAUGAUGCUAUUGACACUGAUAAGAUGUUUACGGUCGAUAAAUGUCGUCACCGAUUAUGUUUUGAGUGUUUGAAAAAAUACAUAGAGGUUAGGCUACUCAAGGGAAGUGUGGUUAGAUGUCCUUAUUACCGGUGCAAGUCUAAGUUGAUUUUUGAAAGCUGUAAACAUAUUUUGAAACAUGAACAAAGAGUGAUGUGGCUAAAAAGGAAGAAAGAUGAUUCGAUUCCUGUAACAAAGAGAAUUUACUGCCCAAACCCGAGGUGCUCGGCUUUAAUGUCGGAAACCGAGCUCUCUAAAUCGACUGGAGGAGGUGAAGCUAGGAGAUUGUGCUUAAAAUGCCGUGAACUCUUUUGCAUAAACUGCAAAGUUUCAUGGCAUAGUAACUUGUCCUGCCAAGCUUACAAGUGGUUGCAUCCAUAUCCUACCGAAAACGAUAGAAAGAUUAUGUCUCUGGCAAAUCAGAAAGAGUGGCGUCGAUGCGGAAAGUGUCAACACAUGAUUGAACGUUCUUCAGGAUGCGUACAAGUAAGAUGCAGAUGUGGAUAUAAAUUUUGCUACCGAUGUGGAGUUCAGGCUGGAGAUUGCGAUCAUGGUCCUCCUCCAAGACCACCACCACCGCCGCAAUCCACGGCAGACAAGAGUGUUUUAUGCCUUCUCUCUUGUCAAAAAGCUUUCCCAGAGAGUGGGGAGGUGUAA